GAGUGGGAAAUCAUUGAUUUCAUUUUAUUGUACGCGGAGUUCAUUGUCCUGUUAUUUAAUAAGAAGCUACAAAAGCUUGAGCUGUCCUUAAGGGUAUCUUUAGCUACGCUGUCUGUGUUUAGUAAAUGUUUGCCUCUUUAUUUCCACACCCCCCCCCGCCUCCGUCAUGAUCUCGCUCAAUUGCCUUCCAGAGUCUCGCGUUUUGUGAGCGCGGCAGUGGGAACUCAGUUCCAGAUUUCGCCAGUCUUUUUCUUUAGAGACGGGUUCGUGGCUGGCGUUCGCUUUCUUUGUUUUCUUUAGCUCGUGUCAUGUCUGUAGCUUUCGCGGCUCCCAGGCAGCGGGGGAAGGGGGACAUCACUCCUGCAGCCAUUCAAAAGAUGCUGGAUGAAAACAACCAUUUAAUACAAUGCAUAAUGGAUUAUCAGAACAAAGGAAAAACCUCAGAAUGUUCGCAAUAUCAACAGAUGCUGCAUACCAAUUUAGUAUACUUGGCCACAAUUGCAGACUCAAACCAAAAUACCCAGCCUUUAUUGUCAGCACUACCCACACAAAAUAUGCCUAUGGGUCCAGCAGGGAUGAAUCAGAGCGGCCCUCCACAACCACCGCGCUCUCACAACAUGCCUUCAGAAGGGAUGGUAGGAGGGGGUCCGUCUGCACCGCACAUGCAGAACCAGAUGAACGGCCAGAUGCCUGGACCAAACCAUAUGCCUAUGCAAGGUCCAGCACCUGGACAACAUAAUAUGCCAAACAGUUCCAUGAACAUGCCUUCGAAUAACCAUGGUUCCAUGGGAGGCUAUAAUCAUUCUGUGCCAUCCUCACAAAAUAUGCCAGCCCAGAAUCAGAUGACCAUGAACCAAGGCCAAUCCAUUGGCAAUUAUGCUCCUCGACCGAAUAUGAACAUGCAACCAAAUCAAGGUCCUAUGAUGCACCAACAGCCUCCUUCACAGCAAUAUAAUCUGCCUCAGGGAGGACAGCAUUAUCAGGGACAACAGCCACCAAUGAGCAUGAUGGGCCAAGUUAACCAAGGGAAUCAUAUGAUUGGGCAAAGGCAAAUUCCACCAUACAGACCCCCUCAGCAAGCUCCACCCCAACAAUACUCUGGUCAGGAAGAGUAUUAUGGAGAACAAUAUAGCCAUGGUGCUCAAGGACCCCCAGAAGGCAUGAAUCAGCAAUACUACCCUGAUGGUCAUAAUGAUUACGGUUAUCAGCAACCGUCGUAUCCUGAACAAGGCUACGAUAGGCCUUACGAGGAUUCCUCACAUUACUACGAAGGAGGAAAUGCACAAUACAGUCAACCGCAAGAAUCCUAUCAAGCACCACCACAACAACAACAACAACAACAGCAGCAGCAGCAAGGCUAUCCACCUCAGCAACAGCAGUAUGCUGGUCAGCAAGCUUAUGCUGGUCAGCAGCAAGGUUACGCACCUUCACAGAGUGCUCCUGGACCUCAGUACCCCAACUACCCACAAGGACAAAGCCAACAGUAUGUGCCAUACAGGCCUACACAGCCAGGCCCUCCCCAGCCCCAACAGCAGAGGCCAUAUGGAUAUGAUCAGGCUCAAUAUGGAAACUACCAACAAUGAAGAGAGUAUGUACCCCUGUAGUCUAUCCUUGUAGCUGUUGUAUUGCUUCCUCUGAACUGUGGACAUUUUGCCUAUUCAUUUUAUCUUUACUAUACAUUUUGGAAAUACAUAUGAAUACAUCAUAUGCAUUUUGCAGUAAAUGUGGGUUUAUAUUUAAACUGAUACGGUAAUUCUUUCACAGAGGCUUAUACAAUUCCUGUACUCUAGAUGGCGCUGUUGCAUAAAAAAUAUCCGCAAGGAACCGCUGCAGUCAGUAGGAAACAGACUUUUGAAUUAUAAAAUCUUGGAUUGGAUUACAGGAUGUUGGUUUCUUUUUAUUGGGACUGUGUAGUAUUGGACAAAGGUUGUAUGCACACUAGUGUUUUGGGGAAGGAUCAGUUUACCUGGCCUUGGAUGAAGGACAAUUUAGCCAAAAAAACUCAAAAAUUCAGUCUUCUACUGUGUACCAUAAUAUUGUAAUAUUUUGAAGUUAAAUGCAGUUUUCCUCUUGAAAAUUAUUGUAAAGUCAUCACAUUGCCUGCAGUUUGGUUGCAUGAAUCAUUAGUUGCCAUUAUUUGUAUUACAACAGACAAUGUUUUUAUAAAUACAUUUUUCAAUGUAUUUCAUUAAAAAAAUAGAAAAAUGGCAUGAGGAAUUUUGAACUGAAAUGACUCUUUUGUAUUUAUACAUACAUGUGAGUACCCCUUUAAAAUAAUUACAAUGUACAAAAUCAGUUGCACUUACAAAAAGCCAAUCAGACUUGUCUUCUGUAAGUUGCUUAUGUAAGUUCAAAAAGAAGCACGGGCUACAAUAAAUAGUUUUUGUUUUUGUUUUUUUUUUUUAAAAAUCCAUAUUCCAUUUGCAUUUUUUAUUGUUUAGAAGACCAAACAGAUAUAUGAUAUGGAAAGUAAGGAUUUAAUGAGACUUUGUAUGUUUUUAUAGCAGAUGAAUAUUUUUUCUGUUCAAUCCUAAUAAACAUAUCAAGAUUUCCAUUC